AUGUCACAGUCACUUCGCCCGUAUCUCACCGCAGUGCGCUUUUCUUUACAAGCGGCUCUUACAUUGUCGAAUUUCUCUUCGCAGGUUGUGGAACGCCAUAAUCGUCCCGAAGUCGAAGUCGAGCAUACAAGUGCAGAAUUGUUGUUUGCUCCGAUGCACAUCUCACGUAACGAACACGAACAAGUGUUGAUCGAACCGAGUGUGAACUCGGUUCGCGUGAGCAUCAAAGUCAAGCAGGCCGACGAGAUCGAACAAAUUUUGGUUCACAAGUUUACGAGGUUUUUAGAACAACGUGCUGAGGCGUUUUACGUUCUAAGGCGCGUGCCCGUCCAGGGUUUCAGCAUUUCGUUUUUGAUCACGAAUAGACACACCGAGACUAUGAGUGGGGCGAAAUUGGUGGAUUUCAUUAUUGAGUUUAUGGAGGAGGUUGAUAAAGAGAUCAGCGAGAUGAAAUUGUUUUUGAACGCGCGUGCAAGGUUUGUCGCAGAGGCAUAUUUAGGGGAGUUUGUCUACUAG